AUUAAUUGCGUAAGAAAAUGCAAUUUGGGUAUUAUUCCAAACAACGUGCAGUAGGAAACCAGGAAACAAACAAUGAAGGUUCUCGGCCCGAAACGUCGCCUCCAUAGAUGCUGCCCGACUUGCUGAGUUGCUCCAGCUUUUUGUGAGUGUUGCUCAAUAUUUGCAGCAUCUGCAGACUCCCUUGUGUUAGUACGUAUUACAUAGUCAGAAGGAGUCUGCUAACGUGACAAUAGAAAAGAUGGAUUUUUCCUGUCCCUCAAUUGCAAACGUGUAUACUGCGGGAGGGCAAUGUAUGGGAACUACAGAACAAUUGAAUAACUUUGAAGUGCACUCAAAUACUCCAUCCAAUUUAUGCUGUGUCUCAACAUCAGCUGGACCUCAAAAGCUGGUUCCAUUAGAUGCAUAUGGCAGACCAGACAUCAAUCGUUGGAUGACUACAUAUCAUGGGGACUACAACACAUAUCACGAUCCAAGGGAUGGUAUUACUUUUAAUUGGAAAACGGAAGAAGAACAAAAACAAGAAAAAGCAACGUGCAUUGGGUGCCAGCAUAGUCCAGCUACCCUGCUGGACAUUAAAAACUUCAAGUACUAUGGGUCUACCCCAUCAGCAAGUUACUCGUUGGCAGAGAAACUGAAGGAGGUGGACUUGGUGCAGACCGUGAAGCUGCCUGUGGCAGAGAGACAUUGGUGUGUGAAGGAGGUGUGCAGUCUAACAGUGAGUGAUCAUCUGAGUGACUUUUCUUGUCAUUGCAAGAUCCUGUUUGACAUUGGUGGUGAAGAAUGCUACAAGUACAAUUCAUUGGUUUAUUGGCGAACAGUGGGAGAGCUGCCCGGCCUCAGUCAUCGUGAGGUCUUGGCCUCAAGCCGUGGUGUCGCCUGUUUGCAGCCGCCCGGGGGAGACAGAGUCGGUGCUCCACUGGAGUGCCGGAGGCGAUGUGGUGCAACAUCUAAGCUGGAGUUGGUCCUGACCCCCCCCUCCAUGGUUGCUCAGCAGAAAACAAUAUGUAUUGUGUUCAACUGCAGACUGCUGCAACAUACAUGGUCUCGAGGACUUGGACUAUAUUUUUUCAUGUGGGACUUUUUUACUGCUGUCAUAUAUGUGUUAUAAGAACCUUUUGCUGUUUAUGACUGUUGGUACUGUGUUUUGCACUUUGGCCCUGGAGUAAUGCUGUUUCGCUUGUUUGUUUGUAUUUAUGUAUGAUUGAAUGACAGUUAAAACUUGAACUUGUUGGGUACUAAAGAUGCCCUACCCACUUAACAGAGAUUUGAUGGCUAAAACAAAACAAAUUCAUGAGAAUAUUAUAAAAGAUGGUUAUAUGAAGAAAAGCAUAUUCAUUCUAUCAAAUGAUGCAACAGUUAUGUAGAUAAUUAAAGUAACUUUAAGUGUAUAUUUGAUAGGUCUUCCUUUACUGCAGAAACCCAGCAAAAUUGGUCAUAUGCACUGAAUACUACUGUUUUUGUGAUUUGUAUUUUGAUAAUCAUUUCUGUUUUUAUAAGCAAGUCAUUAUUUUGAACAUGCUUGUUCUCAACAAUUCCAUACGAAGAGGUCAGAGAUGUGGAUAUUGCAAACUCAGCAUAUUUUCUUGAUGGAAGAGCAAAUUUUCAUACUUUGCAGGAAAGCUACCUUUGAAAAUAACUGAAGAUUAUAAAUUAUUACCUUAAAAUAGAUGGUUUC